ACCGGACACGGAACGAACCCCGACACAGUCCCGAAAAGCCAAAAAACAGCCUAAUCACUUGCGUUCGGAGUAUGUGUUUGCGCCCAUUACGCAUCCUAGCACUCCUCCCUUUCUCUCUCUUCUUUCUCUCUCUAUCUGCCAUUGAAACAUUGGAUUGAAGCUAUCUACUAUCUCCUUUUAUCUUUUGUGAAAUAUUGGUUUUUCAAAACGCAUAAUUCAAUGUGAUCUCUUUAUAGAUCAAUCAAAGAUUGUGAAUCUCACUGUCAUCGUUAUAGGCCAUGAACUUAUAAUCAUCAUAAAAUUAAAACACCUCACGAUUCAAAGAUAAAGACACAACGGAGAGGUGUGUGUACGCAUAUACACACACACACACAUACACAUACACAGAGAAAUGCCAAGCGUUGCUGUGAAGCUGUACAGCGUCUUCUUCAAAUUUCUUCUCAAACACCGUCUACAGAAUCGAAUCCAGAGCCCUCGCGAUGAGACCAACCACCCCUUCGGAAUCACGUCGCGGCCCGAAGAGUCAGUCGCCGCCGCCAACCCUUCCUUCACCGACGGUGUCGCCACCAAGGACAUCCACAUAGACCCCAACACCUCUAUCUCCAUCCGAAUCUUCCUCCCCGACACCUGUUUAGUCUCGCCAGUUUCAGAUUCUAAGUCAGAAUCGAAAUCUAGGGCUAGGGCUAUACCCAGAAAGCCCGAUCUUGAAGUGGGCUCUGCUCCUAACGAUCCGAAUCACGCACUUCUCCGUCGUAACAGCUAUGGGUCGUCUGGGACCGCCAUUGAAGUGGCGCAUACGGACGAUCGAAGAAGAAAUAGUUAUGGUUGUAGUAAUGACGAUUUGAAUGUGAAAUCCGAGAGUGGUGUUUACAGGGGUUAUUCUCCAUUGGUCGACAAUUGUCGGAAACUGCCGGUGAUGCUGCAAUUUCACGGCGGUGGGUUUGUGAGUGGGAGCAGCGAUUCGGUGGCGAACGAUUUCUUUUGCCGGCGAAUAGCGAAGUUGUGUGAUGUGAUUGUGUUGGCUGUUGGGUAUAGGCUUGCGCCGGAAAAACGGUAUCCUGCAGCAUUUGAGGAUGGGUUGAAGGUGUUGUAUUGGUUGACGAAGCAGGCCAAUUUGGCUGAAUGUAGCAAGUCAUUGGGGAAUAAGCGGGGCGGUGGAGCCGAUAUGAGGAAAUCGGUUUCAGAUGCGUUUGGGGCCUCCAUGGUGGAGCCCUGGUUGGCUGCGCAUGGAGAUCCAUCCAGAUGUGUUCUUCUUGGGGUGAGCUGUGGUGCAAACAUUGCAGAUUAUGUGGCCCGGAAAGCGGUAGAGGCUGGCAAGCGUCUGGAUCCAGUCAGGUUGGUGGCACAGGUGUUGAUGUAUCCAUUCUUCAUUGGAAGUGUUCCUACACAAUCGGAGAUAAAAUUGGCAAACUCCUACUUCUAUGACAAGGCUAUGUGCAUACUUGCAUGGAAACUCUUUUUACCUGAGGAGGAGUUCAGCCUGGACCACCCUGCUGCCAACCCCCUUGUCCCUGGUAGAGGGCCACCAUUGAAGCUCAUGCCUCCUACACUAACAGUUGUAGCAGAGCACGAUUGGAUGAGAGACCGGGCCAUUGCUUACUCAGAGGAGCUCCGGAAGGUAAAUGUUGAUGCACCUGUUCUCGAGUACAAGGAUGCAGUUCAUGAAUUUGCAACCCUUGACAUGCUCCUUAAGUCCCCUCAGGCCCAGGCUUGCGCAGAGGACAUUGCUAUCUGGGUUAAGAAGUACAUCUCACUUCGAGGACAUGAGUUCUCUUAUUAAGCAAGAGAUAGUGAAUGUAGAAACACUUGCAGCAGGCAUGGCAUUAUACGUUUUGUGAUCUAUUAUUAUAUGAUGAUCGAACAAGGGACUAUCAGGUUGCCAUCUAUUAUAUGGCUCCUUUAGCUUCUGGGUUGCUCUUCCUAUGCUGUUAUGUUAUUCUUGUAAGAUAGAGAGAACUCAUCCGAGAGUAGGAUUUAGUUGAAUGAUGAGAUGUAUUCACCCGCAGUUAGAGUAGCGUUGAGUUGUUCUUCUUGGCAUAUUUUGCCCUUGUACUAUUUUUCAUGCAGAGAAUGUAAUUGAAUGAAAUAUGUUCCAGCCGGUACUUUUUUA